UUCUCUCUCUCAUCCCAAGCCACUCGCGACAUUCUUUUCUGGCAAGUCUUCCAUUCUUUUUCUUAAAACAAAAAAAAGUCAUCUGAACAGUUUCCAACACACGCUCUUUGACCAUUCUCAUCUCAUCCGUUCUCUACUCGACUCGACGUCCGAAGAUUAUCAGUGUUUAUAGGUACUUGACUUGCAACCCACACAUCACCAUGUUGACCAAGGUUUCCGCCAUUGCCGCCCUCGCGGCCGCCGUCCGCGCGCAGCAGGUCUGCACGCUCAACGCCGAGACCAAGCCGGCGCUGACCUGGUCCAACUGCGCGGCGGGCGGGGCCUGCACCAAGGUCAACGGCGCCGUCACCGUGGAUGCCAACUGGCGCUGGACGCACCAGACGAGCGGCAGCACCAACUGCUACACGGGCAACAAAUGGGACACGUCCAUCUGCAGCACCGGCGAGGACUGCGCGUCCAAGUGCUGCCUCGACGGCGCCGACUACGCCGGCACGUACGGCGCCACGACGACGGGCGACGCCCUCAGCCUCAAGUUCGUCCAGCAGGGCCCUUACAGCAAGAACAUCGGUUCCCGGAUGUACCUCAUGGAGGGCACCGACAAGUACCAGAUGUUCAAGCUGCUAGGGCAGGAGUUUACCUUUGACGUGGACGUCUCCAAGCUGGGUUGCGGCUUGAACGGCGCCCUGUACUUCGUUUCCAUGGACGCCGACGGCGGCGCGUCCAAGCACCCCUCUAACAAGGCCGGCGCGUCGUACGGCACGGGCUACUGCGACAGCCAGUGCCCGCGCGACCUCAAGUUCAUCGACGGCAAGGCCAACGUCGAGGGCUGGGUGCCGUCGUCCAACGACGCCAACGCCGGCGUCGGCAACAUGGGCUCGUGCUGCUCCGAGAUGGACAUCUGGGAGGCCAACUCGGUCUCGACGGCCUACACGCCGCACCCGUGCGAGACGGUUGGCCAGCUGAGCUGCUCCGGCGACGCGUGCGGCGGCACCUAUAGCGCGACCCGGUACGCCGGCCAGUGCGACCCGGACGGCUGCGACUUCAACAGCUACCGCAUGGGCAACACGACCUUCUACGGCAAGGGCUCGCAGUUCACCAUCGACACCUCCAAGAAGAUGACGGUCGUGACGCAGUUCGUCGAGGAGGCCGGCGCCCUCGCCGACAUCAAGCGGUUCUACGUCCAGGACGGCAAGGUCUUUGCCAACUCCAAGUCGGACGUCGCCGGCGUCGAGGGCAACUCGGUCACGGCGGGCUACUGCAGCGCGCAGAAGAAGGCGUUUGGCGACGAGGACGUCUUCACGCAGAAGGGCGGCCUCGCGCAGAUGGGCAAGGCGCUCGCCGAGGGCAUGGUUCUCGUCAUGUCCGUCUGGGACGACCACCACUCCAACAUGCUCUGGCUCGACUCGACCUACCCGACCAACGCCACUGGCCCCGGUGCGACCCGCGGGUCCUGCGGCAUCGAUUCGGGCGUCCCGGCCGACGUCGAGUCGCAGGUGCCCGACUCCACCGUCAUCUUCUCCAACAUCAAGGUCGGCCCCAUCGGAUCUACCUUCAACAGCGCCGGAGCUGCCGCCUAAAACCUGCUAGCUGGUAUCGGACGUCAGUGGCCUUGACUAGGUGUCUCCCCUUGACAUGGGAGGUUCACCUACCGGAGGCGCGCUCAUGGAACGUCCGUACACAAAGAUGGCUAACGUACGAGGCACACACCAUCAUCUUUUCUGUUGUACAUGAUUUUCCUAUCUUCCUGCUGUACAUACGAAGUAUAAAGGCCACAACGCACUUUGCGAGAUGAUGCCAUUCCAUAGUUGUUGCUGAAAUAAAAGCACCCCCCUACCUUGCAAAAUACUGG